GUGCCUGCUCCCCAACCGUCGCUCCGUUGAGGGAAAACCGAUCUUUUGCGCCGCCGACGCGAUUGGAUUGCUCAGCAAAUAGUGGCGAGAACUCUGAACCCACACGUGCUGGUCUCCAAACCGGAGAGACGCGGUUUCGUUUGUCUUCACAGAGGAAGAGUUGGCUUCAAGCCGCACUGACAGAGACCAGGGACGGACGGUGGGCUCGUGAGAGAAGCGCGAAGACCGUUUAAAAUCCACGUGGUGCGUAAAAUUAACGUUUGUUCUUGGCACUUCUGCAUGAAUAGAGGAAAUAGACGGGGGUAAAUGUAGUCCCUAUGGAUGGUUAUCAGUACAGCCACUUUUGAUGCAAACAGGAGGAAAACGCUCCCUGCGAAUGGCAAUUUAAACGUGGCGAAAUUUGACGGUGGAGUAUUAUUCUAUGUAAACUGUUAAUGGCAAGUUGAAUGGUCUCAACAUUGGUAGUAUUAAUAAACGCUAAAGUGCCAAGCUCAGACAAACGGCUGUAACCUUCACGGACUCGUUUUUGUGGUCUCCCAUGGAUAAGUUCCUCUUUUUAAACGCACGUCUCUCUAAAUUAACAAUCAUUUUAAUAACAUAAUUUUCUUCAAACAACGCUGAUAUCAAAAACGGCAGAGAGAAGUGAAAGAUGAGCUUGACGUUUUGAUGGAAAUAUUUAGGCUACAAAAGGAACGCGCUGGGUCAGUCACCUGCCCAAAAAGGUAAACACGCCUUUACAGAUCUGAGCUUUAAACUCCAUACAAAAUGAUGACCAACGGACCCAACAUCGUUUACGAAUGGCUGAAAACCCUUCAACUGUGUCAAUAUGUCAAGGCGUUUGUGGAUAACGGAUACGACGACUUGGAAGUUUGCAAGCAGAUCGGAGACCCGGACUUGGACGCUAUAGGGGUUUUCAUACCGCACCACCGACAGCGCAUUCACGACGCGGUGCAGAGGUUAAAAGAUGAAGAUAAGGAGACUGCAACUGGGCUUUAUUUCACCCUGGAGCCGAUGCCCACGGCCUCACCUAUGUACACGAGUUGCAUGGCAGAGUCCAAGCUGCGGGGCUCCAGGUCAUGGACUGAACAGAGCAGCAACAGAGCCGGGCGCACUGUUGGGUACAUGGGGGGACCUAGGAAUCUGACUCUGGGGAACCGGAAGGAGCUGGAGAUCUACCCCAAACUGAAACUGAAGAUAAUGAUCAGGGAUAAACUCAUUAGGGACGGGAAAAACCUUGCCAUGCCGCCAUACUCUAAAAAGCAGACUUCAUGGAGUCAGUGAGUGGGCUGUCAGACUAAUGGAGAUGAAUUGGUCUUGGAUGAAAUGGGAUUUGGCUGCAACAUCAGACAACUGGCACUGAUUCCAAGGUGGUACAUCUUUGGUGGUUAGGACAAUAAGUGAUAUAACAAGCCAUCAAUUACGUACAUAAUUAAGAGACAUGACACCAUGGCUGGUUCAAUCACUCUUAGAUGUGUCUCUUUAAGGAAAAUGUCCAGGACUCCAGACACAGACCUACAGACAGACAGAGACAAUAUCUGAUUAGGAAAAAAAGCCGAUAAGACAUUGCCUCAGUA